AUGACUAUACGGAUAGACAGAUUUAUCUGUAAGGCAAACAAAAAUAGUGACAAAACUAUUGCUGAUAUGAUGACGAUAGGAUUUACUGGUCAACUAAAAGGCUGGUGGAAUAAUUAUCUAAAUACGGAGCAGGGAGAUAAGAUUCUUCAAGUUGUAAACCAAGAAAGAGAGCAGAAUCUUACUCAGAAUGUUGUUUAUACCAUUGUUCUUAAUAUCAUAGAACAUUUUUCAAGAAGAUGGUCUGAUAAUAGCGAGAUCAUAAGAACCAUGCUCCAAAAUCUUAAGUGUAAGACUCUCACAUCUUUCAGAUUUUAUAAAGAUGUAUUUCUUAGCAGGGUUAUGGAGUUACCAGAGUGUAAUAGCUCUAAUUGGAAAUAUAAAUUUAUAGAUGGUUUACCAGCUCUUUUUGAUGAAAGAGUUAGAAAGACUCUUAGGGGAGAUAACCAUAGUAUUAACUAUGACAAUUACACCUAUGGAAAGCUCAUAAAUGCUUACAUACAAGAAGGACUUUCUUUAUGCAAUGAAAUCAAGUUGAAACAACAAGUUAAAAGGCAUCGUCUUAAUGAAAGAGAGGAGUUAGGAGAAUUCUGCGAACAAUUCGCUUUGGAUAUCCCAAAAGCAAGCUCCAAAGAUAGAAAGCAUUCUUCUAAGAACAAAUCUUCCAAAAAGGAUUAUAAGGCAUGGAAGAAAAGAAGAAUUGAGAAGAAAGAAAGAAGAGUUGAAUCUUAUAAGGAAAAGAAGAGAUUUUAUAAAUCUAGACGAAAAUUUGACAAAACAUAUACUUGCCACAUGUGUGGUAUAUAUGGUCAUUAUGCUAGAGAUUGCAGAGUCAAGAAAAAGAAUCAAAAACUUGAUAUUGAUGAUAAUAUCAAAGAAUUUCUAUGCAAAAUCAUGUUAAAUUUUUAUUCAGGAAAAUCAGAAACAGGAUACAGCAGUCACGAGAAAUCCUCUACAAGUGAAGAUCUUAAAGCCCUUCACUAA